AUGAAUUACUCUUCCUCCGAUCUUGGUUCGACCCGGUUGGGCUCGACGACUACUAUGCCGUUGCCGGUGGCGGAGCGGACGCAGGACACGACGGUGUACCGCGAGGAGCCGUUCCAGGUGACUGCGUCCCAGGUGACUGUGACAGCGCCGCGGAAGCCACAAUCGCGUACAGAAGAAAUGGCGCUGAACGGGGCCCGAGUAACUCACACUGAGACUCGAGAAGCCCUGCAGCCGUUGAUAGCGGGGCCGCAGGCCGGUGGGCAAGCGGUUGUGCGCGAGGAGAAGUUGCCGUGCACAAUUGAGACCCGUGCCUACGAAGUGUUUAGAAGAGACCCGGCGAGUCUGUUCCCCGGCGCUAAGAUCGUCAGUGUAGGACAGACCGGACCCGUUACCACGCCCAGCGGAAGCGUGUACGACCCGGCUACUAACACUCUCACAAGCGCCUUCAACGGGCAGGUAACACAUGUGCAGCAGGCCCAUCACAUUGGCAGCACACUUGGCAAGCUCGACAUACCCACUGCUGUUACCAACGGACGCCCAGGUGGCAACGGAGUCACCUUCGGUUCCACCACCUAUGUCCCGUACGAAAGUGCCAUCUCACCAGGCGGCUUCAACGGCAGCAGCUUCAACAACAGCAGCUUCAACAACGGCGGUUACACCAACUAUAGCGCCAUGCUCGGCGGUCUCGGGUCCAGCACUCUCGGUUCGAGUACUCUGGGCUCUAGCAACCUCAUCGGCGACAUGGGCUACAACGGCAGCGGCUAUAGCACCGGCUACGGCGGCGGAUUCCAGGAAUCCAGCUUCAACACCAGCUACCCCGCUGGAGGCUCUCGAACCUUUACGCAAACGGUUUCGGGACCGACCACGACCUCCUCCUACAGCCAGCGGGCCACCACCACCACGACCGGCGGGAACUCGCUGCUGGGAGGCAACUCGCUGCUGGGAGGCAACUCGCUUCUGGGAGGCGGGAGCUCGCUCCUCGGCAGCUCGUACCCCGAACCGGCCUUCGAGUCCAGCGGCCCCACAACCUAUUCCUACAACAAUCCCAAUGGAGGUACCACGACCGUGACACAGGAGUACUAUUCGGGCUCCUACCCCCCUGGAACCACCAGCUUCCCCCCACCUAGUCUCUCCAGCAACAUUCCAGGCGGUUACCCCUCACAGUACGACCAAACGACGCCUACCAAGAACGUCCUGACCACGCCGCAGAAGCCCAGCACUUAUCAGAACACCCCGAUGACGCAGUACACUGCCACUCCCGGCGCACAGUACAAUAGGCAACCCAGCUGGGCCAACCGUGCCGAGAACUAG